CUGACUUCUACUAACCGUUGUCCUUCUUCGGACUUAAAAUUUGGAGUUUCCAUAAUUUUGUGUUUUGCCUUUGUGGUGAAACGCGUGUACGUAUAUGGCGAUAUGUAAUUGUAUCUCUCAGUGAAUGUGCUUGAGGCGUUCGGCUUCACACAGUAAAUGAAACGGACAUGCAUAUAUUUACAGCAAAAAUACAGUUGUAUACAAGCGGUCAUUGGUCAACAUUCGCGAAAUGUCGGUACUAUUACACGAGUGUCGGUACGCCGGUGAACGGAUUGGAUAACCACGUGAAGGACGAGAGUGGGAUGAGCACAACGCUGCUACUAGAGCUUCCUGAAGAAGAUCCAGAUGAACCAGUUCCAGAUGAACCGGAGCCAGAAGAGCCGUAGGACGAAGGCGAACCGCCGUACGAGUAAGAGCUGCCGGGUGAACUACCGUACGAUCCGCCGUAUCCCAUGGUGGUCAUUGGUCGCAUCGUUGUGGUGGUUGCUGCAGCGGUCGUCGUGGUCGCUGCCGCGGUAGUAGUGGUGGCGGCCAUAGUAGUCGUAGUCGCAGCAGCAGUCGUGGUGGUGGCUGCAGCAGUGGUUGUCGUAGCCGCCAUUGUGGUCGUUGUGACUACCGGCAUCAUCGUGGUUGUUGUCGCUACCAUCGUUGUGCCUGUUACAGGGCCGUAUACGCUUCCAUAGUAUGCAGAAGCUGGACUGGGAGCGCUGGGAGUCGGGCUGGAAGGCGAGCCGUAACUGGACUGCAUCGGGGAUGCGCCGUAUCCAGAUGGACUGGACGGUGUCAUGCUGGGCGGGGAAGCCGGCGAUGACCCGUACCCGGAUGACGGCGGGCUGGGAUUGCUUCCGUAAGACGAUGGCGGGCUGGGAUUGCUGCCGUACGACGACGGAGCCAUUGGUACCGGGCUCGACGGGCUGGGUGUCAUAGUCGCUGGAGGUGAGGGUGCCGAGUAACUGGAACCACCGUAACUAGCCGGUGGCGUCAUCGGCGAGGGCGCGCUACCAUACGACGAUGAUGGAGUGGGAGCGCUAGGCUGCGGCGCGGGGUUACUGCCGUAACUUGAUGGUGGACUUGGAUUGCUGCCAUACGACGAAGGCGGACUGGGUGCCAUUGUGGCGGGCGGCGACGGGGAACCGUAGCUGGCCGGUGGCGUCAUGGGUGACGGAACACUUCCAUAACCCGAUGACGGCGGGCUGGGGCUCGGCGGAGCCGGCGCCGGAGGCUGCGGAGCGGGAUUGGGGGAUGGUGAAUAAGAACCACCGUAAGCCGCCGGUGGAGUCAUCGCUGGAGGAGUGCCGGCAGGCGGAGUCAUGGCUGGAGGAGAGCUUCCAUAGCUCGAUGUUGGUGGACUGGGGCUAGGUGGAGUCGGUGCCGGUGGUUGCGGUGCCGGAUUGCUUCCGUAGCUCGAGGGCGGGCUCGGAUUGCUACCGUACGACGAAGACGGACUGGGCGUCAUGGGGACCGGAGUAGGUGCCAUCGUGGCGGGUGGUGAAGGGGAACCGUAGCUACUGGCAGGCGGGGUCAUGGCAGGUGGCGUCAUGGCUGGUGGCGUCAUGGCUGGUGGUGUCAUGGCUGGCGGAGAACUGCCGUAGCCCGAUGAUGGCGGGCUUGGGCUGGGUGGAGACGGUGCCGGUGGCUGAGGCGCAGGAUUGCUUCCAUAGCUAGAGGAUGGUGGCGACAUCGGAGAGCUUCCGUAACCCGAUGGUUGGUUAGGCGCCAUCGUCACCGCUGUGGGCGCUCUCGUGGUCGGCUGUGGCGAUGGUGCGGAAUAGCUGGAUCCACCGUAGCUGGCCGGUGGAGUCAUUGCUGGCGGAGUCAUUGCUGGAGGAGUCAUUGCUGGAGGAGUCAUUGCGGGGGGAGUCAUCGCUGGAGGAGAGCUGCCAUAACUGGAUGGUGGAGACGGUGAUGGAGGUUGUGGCGAUGGUGCGGAAUAGCUGGAUCCACCGUAGCUGGCCGGUGGAGUCAUUGCUGGCGGAGAACUGGCCGGCGGGGUCAUCGCUGGAGGAGUCAUCGCUGGAGGAGUCAUUGCGGGGGGAGUCAUCGCUGGAGGAGAACUACCAUAACUGGAUGGUGGAGACGGUGACGGAGGUUGUGGUGAUGGGUUGCUUCCGUAGCUGGAAGGCGGUGACAUUGGUGAACUUCCAUAACUUGGAGACGGUACAUUUGGCGCUGGUGUGACAGCUGGUGGUGCCAUGGUGGCAGGAGGCGAGGGGACUGGUGCUGAACCGUACGAUGAGCCAUACUGGCGGGCUUCCGUUUAAUACCGCGCAUGUCUGCAGCUUUGUCAUUUCCACAUACCUGCGCAGGCGACCAGCGUGACGCCGCUGUCCGGAAAGCUGCAACGCUGUUUUCGUACUUUCCAGACUAUUCGGAAGAGGAACUGAAACCUUGGCGGCAACUGAUUCAUACUUACAGUGCUAACUGGUCUGGUAUGCAUCAAGGACCGGAAAUGGUUUCUCUAAGCAUUAUCCCGGAUGAGGGCUACAACAGUCGUCUGAUACCGGAUCGACCGUACCGAGGUCAUGGCCCGGUCUGUCUAAACAGCGGCAGUCCGCUGGUCAAUCGAACUUGUUGGUAUGUGGAACUUGAUGUUAUUGCGAGCUACGAUAUCCCCUGCGCUGGAUGCCAGUUUGAAAACGACAUUGAAGAACGGCCACGUUACCAUUUACGCUGCAGUCUAGCCCAUGUGGACAGUCAUAUCCGUGUGAAGAAAUUUAAACUCUCCACCCUGGACGGGCUGUGGAUGAUGGAGUUCGAGGGAGAGGAAAUGCCGCUGGUCUCCACCGGCCCCGAUAUGCUGGACUCGUAUUACACGAUGAACACCAGUAGUUUCGGCCGGAGCAGUACACUGAUCUGUCUGCCACAGGACGCCUGGACCACACAUCCGAUAUUCAGCGGCGACACGGCCCUGCGUCUGGAUAUCGUGGUUAUGCCGGCGUUGCGGGAAGCCGACAUCCUCCGCAUUAUUAUGCGCGAUCAGAAAAUUGAUGUGCAAAAUCACACGGGACUACGGAUGCUGAUGGAGAAGUACCGGCAGUUAGUGCGUGACCCGGAUUCUGGGAAUUUCACCUUGCUGCUGGAGGACGGAACGGUGUUGCGGUGUGAGAAGAAAAUUCUGGCGCUGUGCUCGGAUUACUUUGACGCUAUGCUUAAGCAUAGCAGCCGCGAGACCAACGAGAACCAAGCGGUCAUUCGGAAGUUUUCCCUGGAUGUGGUCAUGGAGUUUCUGAUUUUUGCGUACACGGGUGAAUGUCCGUCCAUGGGAAAAUAUGCGGAAGAGGUUCUGGAGCUUGCGGAUAUGUAUCAGGUUAAGGGACUGAAAGAAAAAGCCGAAAAGAGUCUGAUGAAGCGACUUAGUAAAGGCAAUUGUAUGAAAAUCCUGGGCUUGGCUUUCACGUACAGCUGUCGGCGUUUGGUGGCGCCGGCCUUCAUCAUGUUCAAAGCGUUCGGCUAUGAGCUGUCACAUGAGGAGCAGUUUUGGGACUUCAAUCUCAAAUACGCUGAAGAACUGAGAAUGUUGGAUGUCUUUUGGUUUGAUCCGCUCUUCGGGAAUAUUCCAAUAAAGGAAAACUAAAAAUAUUGUAUGGCUUAGAUUAAAUCGCGAACAUUGUUUUUAUAAAGCUUUGAUUGGUUUCUGGGAAUAUCCCUUCAUGACCGGCGUCGCUACUUGUUACUGCUAUCUGACUUUGUUAAGCAGGAAAUUUUUACCGCUUUUUUUAAAAUAUUUCUACUGCAGGGCGAUUACAUAGAAGAAUACUUGUAUUUGGCGGAUUAUGACAGGACUAGAGCAGGACAACUAUAGAUAUUUACGUAUAACAUCGUUUGCACGGUUGCACCUACCCAAUCAACAAAUCCAGAUUUACACUUUUGAGUGAUGUGACCACUUGAAGUUUUGGAGCUUAAAGCCAGAACAAUGAAUACGAUUAAGGAUGAACGGUAAUUACUUAUUAUUCCGAUUGUUUAUCGGUCGAUUGUUAACCGUAGAUGAGUAAUUUACCGCAAUUUUACUCGUAUAAAAAACGAUCUAAAAAAGUGCCGAAUUCAAACCAAGAAACAAUUCGCAUACAAAUACAAUGCUGCUCGUUUUCUAGGAAAAUUCAAAAAUUAAUGACAUCAUC